UUGAUUCUUUCUCUCGUCAAGGGUCUUCCUCACUCCUUUGCUCUGCAUCGUCACUCCGAGUGGUCAUCUAUCAUCUUCUUCUCCCUCGCUCUCUCUGUCUCACUCAUGUUCAAGAGCAGGCUUCAAGAAUAUUGUCACCGGAAUUCAUGGGGCCUUCCCAAAUACACGAUCACGAAAGGUGGACCAGACCACAAUCCCAAAUUCAAGGCCACCGUCGUCGUCAACGGCGUCGCCUACGAGGUCCAGGGCUUCCAUAAAUCUUCAAAAGAUGCCCAGAACGAAGCUGCCAGGGUCGCCUUCGAGUCUCUUAUCGACGCCGACCGAUCUUCUUCCGAUGAAGAUUUAGCAAAAUGGCAAAUAAAGAGUCCUCGGACGGAGGAAUUGUCACCGAAUGAUCUACUUCCCGAGACUGGAAGUCAAGGAGACGCAUCAAAUUUGGUGGAAAGGAAUGAAGCGAUGGCAUCAGAGAUGCAACUUAAUUACAAAAGCUACCUACAAGAAUUUGUUCAAGGAAGGAGGUGGAGUUCGCCUGUUUAUGCUCUUGUUCGAGAAGGGCCAGCUCAUGCCCCUCGUUUUAGUGCCACAGUCACUGUAGAAGGCAAAAGCUUCAGGAGUCCAGAUUUUUUUGGUACGGUGCGGGAGGCUGAGCAUGAUGCUGCAAGAAUUGCUCUUGCAUCAUUCCACGAAGAAGGAACUCAAGAGGACAAAUCUCUUUCUUUCAAGAAUAUGUUAAAGGACUAUAGUCAGAAAAGAAGUCUACAUUUGCCAACGUACUCCACAGAAAGUUUUGGGGCAUCGCAUUUGCCAACUUUUCGAUCUACUGUUGAGAUAGAUGGUAAAGUUUAUACUGGAGAUUCUGCGACAACAAAGAAAGAGGCAGAGGCAAAUGCAGCAAAAAUUGCUUGGUUUGCCCUCAAAGAGCGUGGAUCAAGAACUUCUUCAAGCUCCAAACUGCAGCUCGGAACUAUUUCUAAUGCUCUAGUGAACCUUGCCAAUAAUGAACGGAAUUAUAAGCCUGAAGCAUCCUCAAGUGAUAAAACUGUAGCGAAAGGGAGUCUCAUAGUGAACAAUAGAGAAUCGAAACCUUCCUUAGAAUGCAAACUGCAAGUAACGGCUGGUUCUGGUGCUUCCACCACGAACCUUGUCUCCGAUGGACAGAAACCCAAGUCUUCUUUGACCUGUAACAAUGAAGCUGAAGAAAGUACCAUAUUUACUAGUGGGGAAGAACCUGCCAUUGGUGACGUCCUAGACAAAGAUGAAUCUCAUCUUGGACCUGAGGAAGAAUCGACAAUCUCAUCCCAGUUUGCUGCCGAUAUAUGUAAUUAUUUGAAUGAACAAUUUGUCGCUGGUAACUCUACAACUCAGGGCACGCAACCCGCUUCAUCUACUUCGGAACGUCUGCUGCCUGCUCCUACCAUCUCUUCGAGCAAAUCUGCCUCUAACCUUUCACGGCCAAAAGGAUCUAGUAUACUCGAUGCUGGAACUAGUACUGCUUCUAAACUGCAAAACCAUGUGGUGGUGUUCCCACGUUUGCUUAAUAUGAAACUGCCUCUAGAUGGAGUAAAGGUACAGUUUAGCGACGCGAAGUGGGUGGCUGUCACGGGGACUGAUUCCACCCAUGGUGCCAAAUGAGGUAGAUCAAUGAUUUCUCCUUUGCAUCUUCCUGUGGACACUUUACAGGCAGGAUGAGAGGAGAAGGUGCUGGAAUAGUUGAAGCAUUGUUACUGAAUUCUCUAUCUCUCUGCGUGUGGAUGUGCUGGAUUAGGCACCUCUCUAGUAUCGUAGUCUCUUAGAAUAACAUAUUCUUCGUGUGGUUGCUUGACUUGGCAGAUGGAGUUUGUUUGCAAAUGGUAGAAUCUUGUAGUCUAUGCUGCGUUAAAAGGAUAAAAAUGGCUGGAGCACAAUUAGCUUAGUUUCAGGUUGUUGCAACUGUGGUGCUUCAUUUGUUUCUUUAGUAGGGAAAAAAAAAAUAUCAAUAUAUGCAUAUGUAAACGGCUCGUUUUGCUUGUGGCCUUCUGCUCUAAGAACUACUUGGUCUACCUGUGGCUUCUAUAUGGUUUGGUACAUUCUCAUCUGUCUUUUCCUUCUCUGGCGUCCAGAGUAAUCCUCCAAGGACCAGAUCAAUUAACGCGUUACGUCCGUCCUCUAAGAAGUAAGUCUCAGGUGGAUCACCAUGCCUGAUCAAUGCCAUGGAGAUCGCUCUGUUCCGAAGUUCAGAAUUGCAGGUCUCCAACAAAGCCUUCGUUUCAACACCUGCUCUCCAUCAUCGAUGGCGAUGCACUCAACUGGAGUGCACGUUCUUUGUAACUGGGACUCUUGCACAUGAACUCAAUUAAUGUCCACGACAUCUUGGGAUCACAGUCUCCUUUUUCCCUGUAUCUCGACAAUUGGCACGGAUAAUCUAUUAAUGGCAUAUCCAACUAAUUAUUGUUCUUUGUGCUUAGAAAAGAGAAGUAAUAAAAGGUACCAUUUGGAGGAACAAAGAAUCCAAAAUUAAAGGCA